AGGCUUCUCUCAAACCGGCCAUGACCUCUUCUUCUUUCAUCUAAUUCUUUUGCUUUUUGGAUCGAAAAGUACUACACGAACACUAUGAGCAAGCCCACUUCUUCCAAUCAAAGAACCUCUGAGUACUCUUCAGAGGAGAGUGGUUGGACUGUGUACUUCGAGGAUUUCUCAGAUCACAAAACAAGCAACGAACACAGUAAUUGCUCUUCUGGUUCUGAGACCUCUUCUCUGGCUUCCGAUGCUGCUUCUUUGGCCGGAAAAAGGUCUGACAGGAGUGAACAAUUAGCUGGUGGCCGGGGCUCGUCUAUGGUUAAAACUAGCAAGAGAUCAUCGAGCUUCAAGAAAACGAAAAGAACAGGCCGAGCGCGAGCUUUGGUUGAAAAUGCUUUAGUGGAUACUGCUAGUUCUCCUAUUAACAUGAGUCCCAAGGUAUGUGAUAUGAAUGAGAUGGAUAUGGAUGCUGAUAAGCGGAAUGAUAUUGAUCAUGCAAACAUAUCUCAGGAGAAAGUUGUUGGCACUUCCGGACAGAUAGAUGAGAGAAGUGAAGUGCGUUUUGUUGGAAGAGACAGCGAUUGCACUGAAUUGAAGAAGAAGGGCCUUUGCUUAGUUCCUUUGUCUACGAUAGGGAAUUAUCUCCGAUGAUUCCAUGCACGCCUCUCUCCCUUCUCAUCUGAUCUCGAUCGAUCGAUCUCUGCUGCAUGAACAAGUUAAUGCUUGCAGAUCAGUACUAUUAUCUAUUGCCGAAUUAAUCAUGUAAUAUUAUUGAAACUGAUCAUCUAAGAACAUUUAAUUUAUAAAGUGCUUUAUAUGCAUUUUUUUC